UCAUAAGCAUAGUACUGGCGGUGAAGCAGACAAAAAGUUAUCUCUCUUCACCUCCUGCUGCAGGGUUUACUAGAGCAGGGACUUUUUGUAGUUAAGUUCAAGCACUUUUUUACUUUGUAGUGGGUAUUAGCGAGCUUUAUAACAGCACUGACGCGUAUGAAGGAGUUUAAUAGUUGAAGUUAUCUACUGUUACCGUGGAAAAGUUACUGUCGGUACCCCGUGGGGUUUAAAGUUCAGCUAGCGUCUCUGGCUGCUAGCAGGUAGUUAGCUCCGUAAUUAACAGAAUACUUUUAAAACUAUGGCAGCUUUGUGUCAGCCACGACGGGCAUUGGUGGAAAUCCCUGCUCCACAACCCAAAAUUGCAGCUCGCGUAAGGAGGUCCUAUCUAGAGAUGUUAAGUGCUCGUUUGGUUCCAUCUCCACUUCUGAGAGGGAGAAAUGCAACUUCAAACACAAGGCGUGUGCACUCAUUGGACUUGUCCAUUGGUGGUGUGUGGAGUAAGAGGUUAGAGGAGCAGUGUGAGAAGAUGGAGGAGCACCAUACCCCUCUCUCUAAACAGCAGCUCGUACAGCUGAUCAGAUCCCUCAUACUAGUUGAACAGAGCCAAGAACCCCGAGUCAUAGCGUCUGACCUGAAAUAUCUCCAGGAAGACCUGCAGCUGAAGAAAGCAAAUGUUUACAGAUCCAUCCCCUACUCGCGGCUCGGCUCCAACAGGGACGCUCACUGCUACAGAAAAGCAUAUCCUCACCUGGUGGCCUUUAAAGUUUCGUGUCAGGAGUGGGGCCAGGUUCUUCUGAGGAACAAAGAGUGGGAUGCUGUUUUGGAGCACGCGUUGUUGGCGUGGCGAUACACCAGCGAGUUGCCGCAGUGGGACACAGCGAACCAUAAUGCUCUGAGAGAACAGUGUUACAGCAUCUUGACCUCUCACAGCCUCACGGCCCUGCAGCACCACCGGCCUGAAGCCAGCAGAGGCCGCGAGCUGCUCAGAAGGUUCAACAUGGCUCAGAUGCACAGCCAGUCGAUUGCGCCCUGUAUCCACGAGUUGCAGAGGAUUAUGGGUUGUGCUGAUGACUCCUCCAUGGAGACAAAAUAACUUGAGAAACACCAUGAAACCAGCUGGCUGCACCCCCAGUGAAGAGUGACUCAUGGAUGAAUUACAUAAUCUGUGUGCCAAAAACAGCGUAGAUGGUGGUGUUUGUUUGGAGCAAUAUUCCUCAAAGAGCAAGAGUGUAAUGACGCCUCUUAUUUAAUCACAUUAUUAAAUCAACUGGAGAGUAUUGUUGGGAAUGUGACAUUUGCUGCAUGGCAUACCUCAUGAUGUAUUUAUCGCUGGUUAAUGUCACGUAAUGUACAUGCAUUAACCAACAGCCUGAAAACAUGCUGCGAUCAGAUGGUGCUGCCUUUGAUGUAUAAUUUAAUAGUUUGUAUAUUUUUAGACGUUGUAUGAAAAAAUGUUUGCGUUGACUGUUGAAAUGUAAAGGUAUGAAAUGGCCGUGUGUGUACGUACUUGAAACUGUUUGACUGUAGUUGUGUUUUUACAUUUGUCUUGUUAAUAGAAAAUGUUCUAUGUCGAUGAUUGCACUCCUGCCAUUUGUCCUAAAAAACUUGAACUCUUUUGAUUAAAAAAAAAAAAGACUUUUCAAUAAAGUAAUGACUAUUUAAAAA